AUGAUUGUGUUCCCAUCUUCGUUUCGUUCAUCAACAAAGAAAACGUUUCAAGGACCAUCUAUUAGAACUCGGCUUCGGUUUUACUGUAUUUCCGUCAGGAAAGGGCCAAUCUGUUCAGAGUUGCCCAUUUCAGAUAGAUUAGUUUCUUAUUUGGAAAGCUGCCCAGAUGCCAGUUGUCUGAGAAAGCUUCAUGCUCGCAUUUUCGCCUACGGACUUGGAACCGACAUUCUGUUGGCCUCAAAACUUCUGAAUUGCUAUGCUAGCUUUGGUUGCUUAACUGAAUCUAGAUUGGUCUUUGAUAGAAUUAUUAACAGAAAUCUGUCUCUUUGGAAUUCAAUCCUUGUUGGGUAUUUCAGGACUGGGCAUUUUGAAGAAGUUUUAAGGCGAUAUUUGAAUCUGAGACAGCAAAACAUCGGUCUGGGUGGUACGAUAAUUACAUUUAGUUUGAAGAGCUGUGUAGAGCUGGGGAAUGUAGAAUUGGGAAGAGGAGUUCACGUAGAUGCCUUCAAGUUUAGGUUAAAUGCGGAUCGAUUUGUGUGUGCUUCACUAAUUGGAUUAUAUUCCAUCCAUGGAGAUAUUGAAGAUGCAAGGAGAGUGUUUGAGGAAAUAUCGGAGAGAGAUGUUGUUGUGUAUACAGCCAUGAUUACUGGUUAUGCACAGAUGGCUGAUCGACGUGCUUAUGAAUCUUUUAGAAUUAUUGCCCAUAUGCGGAAGGAAGGAUUAGAACCUAAUAGGGUGACUCUGGUGAGCUUACUCAAGGCAGCGGCCCAGUUAGAAGCACUAGAGGAGGGUCGAUCUAUCCAUGGUUACGCUGUAAGAAGGGGCUUUGAUAGUAAUGGUAUUCUUGAGACUAGUCUCAUGGACAUGUACAUCAAAUGUGGAGCCCGAGACAUGAUAGCAUCCCUAUUUCGUAGAAUAAGCAUGAGAAAUGUUUCUUCUUGGAAUGCAUUGAUUGCCAGCCAUAUUCAAAAGGGGCAGCCUGUGGAAGCUCUGAAUCUUCUCCAUCUCAUGUUGCGGGAAAACCUAAUACCAGAUUUGACCACCUUAGCCAAUGGACUUUUGGGUUGUGCUGAUUUGAAAUAUCUGGCCCAAGGCAAAAGCAUCCAUGGUUACAUAAUCCGAGCUGGAGUUCAUCUGGAUAUAGUAGCAACCACUGCUCUUAUUGAUAUGUAUUCUAAAUGCAACCGAAUAAACCAGGCCAGGAAAUUGUUUGAUAAGGCAAGGAUAAGGGAUGUUAUCUUGUUUAACGUGAUAAUAGCUGGGUAUCUCCGGGAUGGGUCUCCUUCUGAGGCUAUAGGGACAUUUCGUGCUAUGGUUGAAGCAGGUAUCAGACCAAAUCUUGCAACCAUACUGAAUAUUCUCUCUGCUUCUGCUGAUCUGACAGAUACAAGAAAAGGAAGGUGCCUCCAUGCAUAUAUAGUUAGACAAGGACUUGAAGUGAACAUUGAGAUUGCCAAUAAAUUACUGCAUAUGUAUGCCAAAUGUGGGCGCAUUGAUAUUGCAAGGCAGGUCUUCAACAGGAUGACAUACAGAGACUUGGUAACUUGGACGUCAAUGAUGAUGAGUUGUGUUGCCAUUAGGCAUGCUGAUGAAGUGCUAACACUACUGCGAACGAUGCAACAGGAAAAGGUGCACCCUGAUUCUAUCACUCUCAUAACUUUGCUUCAGGCCUUUUCUCAGCUAGGAAGGUUAAAAUUAGCACAGGAGGUCCACGGUUACAUGUAUAAAACUCACUUAGAGAGGGAUCUCCCCAUCAUUAAUUCACUGGUAACAACAUAUGCAAAAUGUGGAAGGUUGGACAUUGCUAAAUAUCUCUUCGAGAACACAAGUAGAUGUGACUUGACCUCAUGGAACACAAUGAUUGCUGCAUAUGGGAUGCAUGGGAAUUCUGCAAAGGCACUUCAACUCUUUGAUCAAAUGCAAAAGGAAAAGAUUGUUCCUGAUGAGAUAACCUUCACUUUAUUACUGUCUGCUUGUAGCCAUGCAGGGCUGGUUGAAGAGGGUAAGCAAGCCUUCCAUUCUAUGACAGCACGGUACCUAAUGGUUCCAUGUGAAGAACAUUAUAAUUGCAUGGUUGAUUUAUUAGGUCGAGCUGGUCAUCUAGUUGAAGCUUAUGAUCUUGUCAAGUAUUUGCCAUCUGGACAAAGUGCUUCUGCGCUGAAGUCCUUGCUUUCUGCUUGCAGAGUUUAUAAAAAUUUUGAGAUGGGGGAAGCUAUUGGCAGACAGCUUUUGGAUUUGGAGCCUGAGAACCCGGGUGCUUAUACUUUAGUAUCAAACAUAUUUGCUGAAGCUGGCAAAUGGGAUGAAGUGGCCAGAAUAAGAGCAAUAGCUAAUGAGAAAGGUUUGAAAAAGAUAACUGGUUAUAGUGUACUUGAGUGA